AUGGCUCUGGCUCUUAAGGGUACACAUGGAGAGGUAAGCUUCAAAGGCGACGGAUUCCAGGUUUAUCGCAUAGCUGAUGUAAACAACGAAGGAGAAAGUAAAGAAUUUAAGAUGUGGUUUCGGACAAACCAGCCAAGUGGAAUGUUGAUGAUGGUUCAACGCGGAGGUGGUUCACUAGCAUUGGUCGAGAUACAGAAAGGAGAGCUACGGUAAGUCAACCCAGGCGGAAAACUGAAUUGAUUCCUGCAACAGCUUUAGUUUUGUCAGUUUUAUAGCCUGUGAACAGGCGCACAGGCAGAGAGGGGCGUAAAAGAAAAUCGGCGAGCGAAGCGAACUGAGCUUGGCCUGGGCCGGGAAAAAAAAGGUGGGGACGCCUUUUUGCUCAUUCUCGUCCCCAGAGCCCCCUGUUCCCUUAGCCUCGCCGGCUAAGGGAACGUGAGGCUCUGGGGACGAGAAUGUUUUUCUCCCCCAGGCUGCGCUCAGCUCGAGGCCCCGCUCCACUUGGGAGUCUGUUCGCAGGCUACAGUUUUGGGACAUACUUAGUGCUAUUCUUUGCCGCAUGCGUUUUCUGAUCGCAUCCAUCAGCAGUUUUGGGACGGUUUAGUUGGCUUUGACUGCCAUAAACACUGCAUUAAAUUUGUAACAUGCACUUACAGCAAAAAGAACAUAAAGGUCGACCUUUGUGUUCUCUUGCUUAUGCUUACAACCUUUUAAUGAAACGUCAGAAAAAGAAAGAAAAAGAAAAGACAGAGAUGUCACUUAAGCUUUCAUAG